ACUGUGAGCCCUUGUACUGAGUGCUGGAGUUUUGUGGGCCGCGACAAUGAUGAGCUGAAGUUUGCGCCUUUUGCGGGAUUGACUCCACGAGUGAGAGUGGCCGUGCUGCGGUAUUUCCGAGUGUGGAAUCCUGUUUUCCUGACACGCUGCCACCCCUUGUGUGUGCUGCCGCGGGUUGUGUGCUCAGUGCACGUACCUGGAGGUGUGUCUGCAGCACGUGUUGUCGUGGUGGUCGGUGGAGAAGCUGUCGUGGUUGCACAGGUCCUUUCUCACAACUUGUGCACAGUGUUAAAUGUUCCCCACGAUCCGGUGGCCUUGGAAGAGCACUUCAGGGACGAUGAUGAAGGACCAGUUUCCAAUCAGGGUUAUAUGCCUUAUCUAAACAAAUUCAUCUUGGAAAAGGUUCAAGGAAACUUUGAUAAAGUUGAAUUCAACAGGAUGUGCUGGACUCUCUGUGCUAAAAAGAACCUCUCUAGAAGUCCUUUGCUGAUUAGUGAUGAAGACGCAUUUAAAGUCUGGGUUAUUUUUAACUUCUUAUCAGAGGACAAAUACCCUUUAAUCAUUGUACCUGAGGAGAUUGAAUAUUUACUUAAAAAGCUCACCGAAGCAAUGGGAGCAGGCUGGCAGCAAGAGCAGUUUGACCAUUAUAAGAUUGCCCUCAACACCAGCCGAGAAGGUCUGUCUGCGUGGGAGCUGAUCGAUCUCAUCGGAAGCGGGCAGUUCAGCAAAGGGAUGGAUCGACAGACAGUGUCCAUGGCGAUCAACGAAGUCUUUAACGAGCUCAUAUUAGAUGUACUCAAACAGGGCUAUAUGUUGAAAAAAGGUCAUAAAAGGAAAAAUUGGACAGAACGAUGGUUUGUGCUAAAACCCAAUAUUAUUUCCUACUAUGUAAGUGAAGAUUUAAAGGACAAGAAGGGAGACAUCAUGCUGGAUGGCAACUGUUGUGUAGAGGCCUUGCCUGACAAAGAUGGAAAGAAAUGCCUUUUUCUCAUAAAAUGUCUUGAUAAAAGCUUUGAGAUCAGUGCCUCUGAUAAAAAGAAGAAGCAGGAGUGGAUUCAAGCCAUCCAGACCACGGUAAACCUGCUGAGAGCGGGGAGCCCUCCACCCCACAAAGAAGCACGCCAAAAACGGAAAGAACUGCGCCAGAAGCUGUUGGCUGAGCAAGAGGAGCUGGAGCGGCAGAUGAAAGAACUGCAGGCGGCCAACGAGAACAAGCAGAAGGAACUGGAGACCGUGCGCAAGCAACUGGAAGCAGCAGCUGCUCGUGCUGCUGAGGAAGAGAAGAAAAGACUUCAGACUCAAGUCGAGUUACAGGAUCGCUUCAGUUUGGAGCUGGAGAGAGAAAAAAUGGUGAGACAAAAAAUGGAAGAGCAGGUUGCUCAGAAGUCGUCUGAACUGGAACAGUAUUUACAGAGAGUACGUGAACUGGAGGAAAUGUACAAGCAGCUACAGGAAGCUUUGGAGGAUGAGAAACAGGCACGUCAGGAUGAAGAGACUGUAAGGAAACUUCAAGCCAGGUUACUGGAAGAGGAGUCGGCAAAGAGAGCUGAACUGGAGAAGUGGCACUUGCAGCAGCAGCAGACCAUUCAGAUGACCGAGGCGGAGAAGCAAGAGCUAGAAAACCAGAGAAUGAUAAAGGAACGGGCUCUUCAGGUCGCUAUGCAGCAACUGGAACAACUUGAACUGGAAAGGAAGGAGGCCCUUGAGCAGUAUGAGGAGGUUAAGAAGAAGUUGGAAACAGCAGCUAACAACACCAAGAGCUGGAAAGACAAAGUAGCUCAUCAUGAGGGAUUAAUUCGACUGAUAGAGCCAGGCUCCAAGAACCCCCACUUAAUCACCAACUGGGGCCCAGCCGCCUUCACUGAAGCUGAACUCGAGCAAAGACAAAAGAGCUGGAAGGGGAAAAAAGCCACGUCGGAGUAACGACGGUAGCUGAC